AUCCUCAUUGUAGGAAGAGGGAAUGCAGGGAAAACUACCAUCCUACAGCGAGUUUGCAACACACAGGACGACCCAGAAAUCCACAACAAGGUGAGUUGUAUUCUCAGUGGACGACACGAACUGAUGUACUCUCAGCGCGGACUGCAUGAUAUUGAAAACGAAAUCGUGUUUCGAAGCAAUCCGAGCUUUGUUUUUCAUGAUUCAUGCGGGUUUGAGUCAGGCAGCAAAGACGAAUUUGAGAAGGUCAAGGCAUUCAUCACUGACCAUUCCAAGAAAACGAAAAUAACAAAUCAACUUCAUGCUAUAUGGUAA